CAAGGACUUCUUCUCUCCCAAGCCACCACUAUAAAUACCCACAAACCCUAACCGGCCAUCCUCCCAUCAUCCAAGACCAAAACCUACAUUCGGAUUCCAUUUCGCUCGUUCGAUCUCUUCAUCAGCAUGACCAUCUCCGUCGAGAAACCGGUUUUCCAUGAUGUCUCCGCAUUGCAGAAGAAGAUCGAAGAACAAGACAGAGAACUGAAACUGGACGGUGGUUUUCCGAUGUCGGAUUCUCCCUCCGACGAAGCGUUUUUGGCUCCUGAGAUGAAUGCGUUCGGCCGCGCUUUCAGAGACUACGACGUAAACAGCGAGAGACAGAAGAGCGUGGAGGAGUUCUACAGAUUACAGCACAUUCACCAAACUGUAGACUUUGUGGAGAAGAUGAGGGAGGAAUAUGGGAAACUGAACAAGAUGGAGAUGAGCAUAUGGGAGUGUUGUGAGCUGUUGAAUGAUGUGGUGGACGAGAGCGAUCCCGAUCUCGACGAGCCUCAGAUUCAGCACUUGCUUCAAUCCGCUGAGGCCGUCCGAAAGGAUUACCCUAACGAGGAUUGGCUCCAUCUCACCGCCCUCAUCCACGAUCUUGGGAAGGUUCUUACUCUUCCACAGUUCGGAGGGCUUCCUCAAUGGGCUGUUGUUGGCGAUACAUUCCCGGUUGGAUGUGCCUUUGAUGAUUCUAACGUUCAUAACAAGUAUUUCAAGGGAAACCCUGAUUAUAAAAAUCCAUCCUACAACACCAAAUGUGGGAUUUAUACUCAAGGGUGUGGACUAGACAAUGUCAGGAUGUCAUGGGGCCAUGACGACUACAUGUACCUGGUGGCCAAGGAGAAUGGAAGCACGCUCCCCUCCCCGGGGCUGUUCAUCAUCCGAUACCAUUCCUUCUACCCAUUGCACACGGCUGGUGCAUAUACCCACCUCAUGAACGAGCAAGACAGAGAGAACCUCAAGUGGCUCCACGUUUUCAACAAGUACGACCUCUACAGCAAGAGCAAGGUUCUGAUCGACGUGGAGAAGGUCAAGCCAUACUACAUUUCCCUCAUCAACAAAUAUUUCCCGGAGAAGCUGAGAUGGUGAAGUGUUGUGGGGCGUGAGGAUCGUUCCGCCAUUCAAAGAAAGCCUCUGAUCGGUGUAGAGGAAACUGCGGCAUCGACGGUUUAGUCUAGUUUUCGGCCGAGUCAUCUUGUUGCACAUAGCCACAUACUAUUAUCUUUUAUCGUUAUUAAUUAUUAUUAUUAUACAUAAGUAUCUAUUAUGUUAUAUUAUUAUAUAAUCAUAUAUUAAUAUCAUUGUCUCGUUUUCUUAUUGUUGUUAAUUAAUAAAUAUAUUUCCAUGCGUUUUGUUUCAUUUA